GCUUCAUCGGAUUCUGCGUCACCAUGCUAAUCGCUUCCAACAUGCUCCAUCUUGGGCAGAUUGAGGGCAGCAUGCAGGACUUUGCCACUGGCCUGGGCUCAGUGAUGAUGGGCAUGGUGGCAGUCUCCAUGUUCGGCCUUGUCGUUAUGACCGCAAGUGGCGUCAUCUUUCGUUCCGCGCUGGGUGGACAGCAGGAGCUUCUAGUAUUCAACUUGCAGCGGGUGCCAGUACCUGCAGACAUGGCUAAAAACCUGAUGUCUGUCUCUAGCGAGCUGGCCCAGAUGCGGGAGGAAACUGUGGUAGCGUCAUUGAGGGCCAUGGCCGUCUAUGAUGUCAAGCUCAUGAUGGCCUUCUUGUCACUCCUGGGUACGGAGGUCCUUGAAGACAGGAAGAGCGCCAACCUGAAAAGCAGGAUCAGUUCAAGUUCCUUUGGACCCGGGGCAGAGCUUCCGAGCCAGCCCGAGGUGUCUACCGGGCAAGACAACCCAGAGGAAGAAGAAGCACCCGAAUCCGCCGAGGCAUACGAGGCUGAGGUGGAGGCCUCGCCUGAGGAGGAAGACAUUCCAGACGACAACGAGGAUGCUGUGAGAGGGACAGAGAUGAAGAUGAGGACGCUCCUCGAAGAGGAGCCCGUCCAUUCGGAACGGAUCUGA